AUGCUACGAGACGUUGAUGAAGUGUUCUUGUCUCAGCUUCAGUCAAAUACGGAAGAAAACGCAAAUGGUGUGUAUGAGCCCUUGUUUCUCAAUGUCAAGGAUUUAAACAAAAACGAUGAAUUUGACAAGAACAUGUUAAGUGGGUACAGAUAUGAAGUAUUAGGUGGUACCCAUAAUUUUCUGGCCACAAAAGCUCUGGCUUCAAAACAUCCAGAUUGUGAAACCUUCAAAGGCAGAUGUGCUCCUCUAUUUGUUGGACUGUCUGAUCAAGAAGCAUUGUGGGUUGCCACCAAACACAACAAAACUGGAUCAUUCAGGCAUGACAUAUCUUUUCAAGAAGAG